AUGACACCAGCCUUGGGGACUUCUAGGUAUCGCCAACCGCAUCCUUUAGGUGCGAUUCUUGUGGCUCCUUCACACACACCCUUUCGUAUUCCCACAUCCCGCCCUUAUUCCCUCCCUCCUAUCCUCCCGCUCUCUCUCUUACCCUGCUUCUCUCCAAAGCCGUUGUUCCUGUACGGCUCCCGCACAUAAUUCCACCGCGAUGGAAAUUAAAUGAAGGUGGCUUAACGCAGCUAACACCGGCAUGCUUUGAAGGAUGUAACCGGGCUGGGGGGGGGAGGCUCUUACGCUGCCAGAUCCUUUUCCAUGGGCUGUAGUGGAUUUGCGAGGCGAGGACACAGCAAUCACUCAGCCAUGCAGAAGCCCAGACAACAGGAAUAAUCUCUCCACCAGACUUGUGGGAGCUCCACUUUUUAUUUAUUUAUUUAUUUAUUUAUUCCUGAAUUAUUUAUUUCCCGCUGUCAAAGACGGUGUCGGACAAUGGAGCGGGAGUGAGACAGUGGCACGAUUUGUUGACUGCGACCUGCAGCACGCAUGGAUGUGUUCAGCUUUGUGAAGAUGCCAAAGCUGACAGGUCACAGGACCAAGUCGUCAGGCUGGCCGCCCCCUUCAGGGACCUGGAAUGCCUCGCAGGGACCCCCCAAUGGAUGGGACAUGGGCACCAAUAGAGAGGGGCGUGACUGCUACAUCAACCAGUUCAGCCAGAGCAGCUCCCUGGAAGAGGUCCGCCUAGAUGGAGACAAGUUUGUGCCACCAGCACCCCGGAAGGUGGAGAUGAGACGAGACCCUGUGCUCGGCUUUGGCUUUGUGGCAGGCAGUGAGAAACCUGUGGUGGUCCGCUCGGUCACGCCAGGGGGCCCAUCAGAAGGCAAGCUCAUCCCAGGGGACGAGAUCAUCAUGAUCAAUGAUGAGCCUGUCAGUUCCGCACCCAGGGAGAGGGUUAUCGACCUUGUCAGGAGCUGCAAGGAGUCCAUAUUGUUGACCGUCGUUCAGCCAUACCCAUCACCCAAGUCGGCGUUCAUCAGUGCAGCCAAAAAGGCCAAGUUAAAGACCAAUCCCGUCAAAGUUCGCUUUGCCGAAGAAGUCAUCAUCAAUGGCCAGCUCCCUGAAACUGUGAAGGACAAUUCCCUUCUUUUUAUGCCAAAUGUUCUGAAGGUCUACCUGGAGAACGGUCAGACGAAAUCGUUUAAAUUUGACAGCAACACAUCUAUUAAGGAUGUCAUCUUGACCCUGCAAGAGAAGCUUUCCAUUAAGAGUAUCGAACACUUCUCUUUGAUUCUGGAGCAACGAGCUGAAGGGUCAGCGAGCAAACUCAUGCUCCUGCAUGAGCAGGAGAUGCUAACUCAGGUGACAAAGAGGCCGGGGUCACACAAGAUGAAGUGUUUUUUUCGCAUCACUUUUGUCCCAAAGGACCCCCUAGAGCUGCUUAGGAGAGAUGCGAUAGCAUUUGAGUACCUCUAUGUCCAGAGCUGUAAUGAUGUGGUACUGGAGAGAUUCGGGUCAGAGCUGAAAUAUGACACUGCUCUCCGUCUUGCUGCACUGCAAAUGUAUAUUUUAACCAUCAAUACCAAGCAGUCACAGAAAGUGUCCCUCAAGUACAUUGAGAAGGAGUGGGGUCUAGCCUUGUUCCUGCCUCCUGCAGUGCUGUCUAGCAUGAAAGAGAAGAACAUCAAAAAAGCCCUCGCUCACAUCCUCAAAACCAACCAGAACCUUGUUCCGCCUGGUAAAAAGCUGACUGCCUUGCAGGCUAAGGUCCAUUAUCUGAAGUAUCUCAGUGACUUGAGGCUCUAUGGAGGUCGGGUGUUUAAGUCCACACUUAUUCAAGGCGAGAAGCACACUGAGGUGACCUUGCUGGUUGGGCCCAAAUAUGGCAUCAGCCACGUGAUUAACACCAAAACCAACCUGGUGGCACUUCUGGCUGAUUUCAGUCAUGUCAACCGCAUUGAGAUGUACGCAGAAGAGGAAAACAAAGUUCGAGUGGAGCUCCAUGUUCUGGACGUAAAGCCCAUCACCCUGUUAAUGGAAUCCACUGACGCAAUGAAUCUGGCCUGUCUGACUGCUGGUUACUACAGAUUAUUGGUGGACUCUCGGCGUUCCAUCUUCAAUGUGGCCAAGAACACUGACAGUAUGGGAAUACAUCAAGCAGCGAGGAUCAAGCAGACCUACCAGGCCAUCGAAUGCACAUACAGCACGCCCCAAAAAGGAUAUGAAGACAGGAACCACCAGAGGUUCAGCCAAGACUUCUCAGACCCGGAGUUUGAAUGCCUGGAACGCGGCAGAUGUGAAGGUCAACCAGCCUACAUGGCUGAGAUCCACCAGGCUCAUCAUUCAAUACAUAUGGCAGAAAGAGCAGAGUACUGCCGGUUACCAUGCUCCCAAACAUACCUUAAUGUCCCAAGAACCAAAGACCAAGAACCCUCGAGGAGUGCAAAGGUCUCUUUCAUAUUCGGAGAUCCUCCUUUAGACACCGUAAACCCCCAAAAUCUGGGCUACCAGAGACUGAUGGACGAAGGUUCAGAGAUUAUAGACAAUCACAGCCCCAUGUACAGGCGCCUGGAUGAGGACUACAAGAUGAUGGACGCCCUUGAAGACGGCGAUGGGUAUCAGUAUUCCACCAAAAUGUUUGAGGAGCCGCUGCUGCACGAUAUCUGCUAUGCAGAGACAACGGAUGACGCAGAAGACGAGGAUGACAUCAGCUGCGAGGAGGACAUUGUGAUGAGUGACAUUGACAAGCCUGCGUUGCUCUCCCUCUCAGGAUCCAGUGAUGACAUCAUCGACUUGACCUCCCUCCCACCACCACCGGAGGGCAACGAUGAGGAGGAUAACGACGUACUGCUGCACUCGCUGAACCUGGCCAUUGCUGCUCCUCCUCCCGGCUUCAGGGACAGCUCAGAUGAGGAGGAGCACCAGGAGGCUGGGAAUCAGGCCCAGGGCGGCCACAAUGAUAUCCCAGUGUCCCUCAUAGAUUCAGUGCCGGACCAUAGUGUACAGAACCAGGGGGAGCCCCUCGACGAGGCCGUUGUGUCCACUUUGCAGGCACUUGAGGCCCUUGCUGCAUCUGAGGAACCCGCACAAUCUGAGAACACAGGUGUACAAAUAUUACGAGCCUUUAGUCCCGAGUCAUCAGAUUCUGGCAAUGAAACCAACUCGUCCGAGAUGACGGAAAGUUCCGAGCUGGCCACCGCCCAGAGGCACUCGGACAACCACCUGAGGAUGCAGGUAGCUGCGACCGACGGUUACCACGCCGCGAAUGGCGAGAAGACAGAGGGACUUGGUGAUGACGGCGCAGGGACUGUGCAGGGGCAUCAGGGUGAGGAGCUGAAAUCCGCUGCCACGGCCUCUUCCCAGCUAUUCCACUCGGACGGUGGUGAGAUGGAGCCAGAGACAAUGGAAAUCAAAUCAGUCAGUGAAUACUUCACUAAGAUGCACAUCGGCUCAAUUAUAAGCCGGCAGAGAGGGAAACAGCGGGAGCCAGAGAACCGAAUCCAACGAGAGACCUGUUCUCCCGCUGAGAGAUGCCAUGUGACUUCCCAAGAACUAGCUAAAGAGGAGGAGACACAUCUUGUUGGGAAGUACAACACGUUCACUGUGAGAGAUUCCUAUUAUGUGAAUCAGCUUGAUCUGGGACGAACUCCCCUCAAAGACCGGCAUCAAAAAUGGCUGCACAGAGCGCCCGGAAACAAAAUGGACGAGGCUCUCUCUCCAGAAUAUGUGAAUGAGUCACAGGCCUCCCACACAGACAGGUUGACAAUGAAGGGAGGGAAACAGGAUUCGGAUGAAAGAAGCCAACCGUUAAAUGCCCAACUCCGCUCUCCCGCCAAGGAACCCGAGGGGGCUGAUACUUCACGGGACGGUGAGCAGCAAAUUAAGAAUACGGCGUCAGACCAUGAUGUCACAAGGCUGUACGAAUACCACUUGAGCAAGCGCAUGUCAUCCUUGCAGAGUGAGGGGGCUCAUUCUCUACAAAGUUCUCAAUGUUCCUCCAUAGAUGCUGGAUGUAGCACGGGCAGCAGCAGUUGUGUCACUCCAAUGGAUUCGCCACUUUGCGCUACAGACAACACGCAUGUACUGUCUGAGUCCUCGCUAAAGGGGCUGAGUUAUGUAACCGUUGCUGAGGAAAAGGCCUGUGUUCCCCCAGGCCAAAAUAAGGACCCCACACAACUGAGGAAAAACCACGCACCCAACAGCGGAGAGGGUGGGUUUGGAAAUAGCCGGGACAGCAGUCACAGAUUAUCCAAGAUAAAAGAAACCACAGCCUGCGCACAGCAGUGGAAGGUUGGAGAUGAGUCAUCUUUAACUCUCUGUCAUGAGACCAGUAACACCACUACAGUCAUGUCACCAUCCUUAUUACAAAGCUGCACAGAGCCCAGUAAGCUGGCGUGGGCCGGAGCAGAGUCCGACCCGCAUGCCCUGCUUUCCCCCACGUGUGACCUUCUCAAAGGCAGCCUCAGGAAGCCACGCAAGGUUCAGAUGCACAGGAGAAGCUGGAGCACAUUAAUGCAAGGCUCCAGGAGCUUUGAGGCAUUGCUGGAGAGGACCAAAGCCACGUUCACAGGGAAGAGCGGUGGUCAGAAUCCAGAGUCCCAACAUCGAUCGAAAGUUCAGCGCAUAUCGUAUGCCAAAACCAUCCCCAAAAGUUUGUCCCACGGUUCAGUUGCCGGUAAUUCAUCAUGUGGAAGGCUGCCGCAGUCGGCGACAACACGGCUGGAUACGGGUGCAUGGAGAUGCCAUGGGCCGGUCAGUUGCUGCUUCAUUCGAAGACAGAAGAACACUGAGCGUGCUCACAGGGAGCCCGCCCAGCUCGUUUACUCUGUCGGCUCGACUGGCGAUAAGAACGCAGUCUUGAAAGCAGACAACGCAGCCGCUGCAGUGAAAGGCAUGAGCCUGGAGGCGAGGUUAGCUUGUGUGAAUUCAAUGAAGGGAAAGACCUACAGCCUUCGCACAGGGUUCGCACUCGCACAGACGGACGCCUUGGAGAUCGUUAGCUUGCUGCGUUCCAGCCACACGUCAAGAGGUGACAGCGUGGAGGUCGGCGACGCUGGCAUGGAGACGUUCUCCCGACUGCUCAUCACGCAGGCUAAAGUGCUGAGCGGCGCCUGUGGUCAGAUGGCUGCAGAGUACGGCAGCCCGGAGGAGCUGUUGCUCACUCUGACGCACAGCUUCCACACACUCUGCUGCCUAACGCAGGCCUGCAUGUCCUUGGCGGAAGGCCUCCGCGGCGACACAGAGCGGCAUGAGGUGGUAGCCAAGGUGGAUGAGGUUGUCAUCAACUACGUGUGUCUGCUGAAAGCUGCCGAGGCAGCUAUGGUGAGCGCCCCUGGCGAUCCAAGUGUGAAAGCAUUGACGUAUCACUCUGCCAAAAUGUCCGCUACCGUAAACACGCUAAUUCACUUAAUGACAACACUGAGCAUCAAAUAACUUAUUGAUUUGAAAGCCAUACAUACGAGACAUGGGUGUCACUACCAAUGUGAACUGCUGUGACAAAAGAAAUAUAUUGCCUUGUGUACACAAUAUUUUAUUAAUGUAGAAAUUAAAUAUAUGAUUCACAGAAUAAAAAAAAAAAUUAAACCUCUAAGGUGAUGCAUAUUCAUUUAAGCAUUAAAGACUAUAUACUAAGAAUUAUUUCAAUUAUUUAUAGAUUUCAUUACAGACUUCUAGAGCAUAACAAAUCUACAGUAUGUUGUUUAUAAAAUGUAAUAAUAUAUAUUAUAUUGGAGAAAUACUGUGUACAGCUCUUGACAAAUCAUUGCACAGGAUGACAUCAAAUUAAAAUAAUGCACUUUUUUCAUUUGCUGUGCACUUUCAAGGACACUGUGUACACUUUCCUUUUUUUUUUGUUCAUUAAAGAGAUGGAAACAUAA